AUGUCUGUUGUCUCCCUUCUCGGCGUCAAAGUCCUCAACAACCCCACUUCGUUUGACGCAAAAUAUUUAUUUGAGAUAACAUUCGAGUGUCUCGAGUCUCUCUCGAAAGACCUGGAGUGGAAACUCACCUAUGUCGGAUCGGCUACAUCUUCCGAAUACGAUCAAGAAUUAGACUCGUUACUCGUUGGGCCCGUGCCUGUGGGUGUAAACAAGUUUCUCUUCGAGGCAGACGCGCCAGACCUCACCCGUAUUCCCAACAACGAAAUUCUUGGUGUUACUGUCAUCCUGCUAAGCUGCAGCUAUGAUGGCAGGGAGUUUGUCAGAGUUGGUUAUUACGUCAACAACGAAUAUUCUGAAGAGGCCUUGAAUGCAGAGCCGCCUUCGAAACCCAUCAUCGAGAAAGUGAGGAGGAGCAUUUUGGCUGAAAAGCCAAGAGUCACUCGUUUCGCCAUCAAAUGGGACUCUGAAGAAUCGGCUCCCGCCGAAUUCCCGCCCGACCAGCCAGAAGCUGAUCAGGCUGAAGACGACGCCGAUGCAUACGGCGCUGAGGAAGAGGAGGAAGAGGAGGCUGACGCUGCAGUUGAGGGUGAGGGCGAGGCCGCACAGGGCGAAGACAUGGAAAUGGGUGGUGUCGAAGAGGCGGCCGAGGCCAAGGUCGAAGAUGAUGCCGCCUCAGACGCUGGCAGCGAAGAUUUGGAAGCCGAAAGCAGUGGCGAAGAUGACGAGGAGGAUGAAGAGGAAGAAGUUGUCGAGGAGGCUGGCGACGACAUGGAAACGGACGAGGCUCAACCAAAGGAUGCAGCUCAACCGGGUGGUCAGGACGUUAUGGUCCACUAG